CUGAAAGUGACAGGGCGGUGCUGCUGCGCCCAGCACUAACUGGGAAUGACACCACAGUCAGUCCGGGAUGCGCUCCCUUCACUGGGUUCGCUGCUUCUGAAGCAGAAAUCGUCAAUGUUACAGCCUGGGGUGGGGGAUUACCUUGUAAAACUCCAGAGACAAGUAUUUUCAACUCUUCCGGAACUUUAUGGUCUGCCCGACCAACUCUCCAACUCAAAAGCCCGGAUUUGUUUGUUGGGAGAAGUUGGUUAUAAUCAUUAAUAUUUUUUUUCCCCCCAAAAAGGUUUGAAUGAAAAAGCUACUGUCAACUUCACAACCAGCUUUGAAGUCUGUCCUGUGAAAGAUGUCGUGGAGAUCUUUAAUUCCUAUUCUUCUCAUCCUGCAAUCGUCAGUCGAAGGGACGUUUAUCGUUACCACUUCAGAAAAGCCAACCGUUGUCACCGUUGGCCAAGACGUGGUUCUGGAAUGUCAGCUGAUCCCAGCGGCAGCCCCUGAGGAAAUGGAAGUGCGGUGGUUCCGAAAAGGCUGGCAGAGGAUCGUACAUAUGUACCGGAAAGGAAAGGACGAGCCCGAUGAACAAAUGAAAGAAUAUUUCGGGAGGACGGAACUGUUCCACGAUGAGUUUGGUAAAGGCAACGUCUCCCUCCUGUUGAGGAAUGUGACUGUGAAAGACAACGGCACGUUCAGAUGUUUUGUCGUCUCCAAAGCUCUGGACGCGGAGGGACCUGUCGAAUUGAAAGUUGGAAGUGUGGGCCAUCAGCCUGCGGUGAAGAUAGCUGGCUACGAGGGCAAUGGAAUCAAGCUUGUGUGUGCAUCCGACGAGUGGUUUCCAGAACCGAGGAUAGACUGGUGGAACAGCAACGGAGAGAAAUUUACCGGGGUCUCCGAGAAACCCGUAGAGAACGCCAGAGGACUCUUGAAAGUGGGGAGCAGUAUUGUCGUGAGCCAUAAUGCUGACAACACGUAUAAGUGCGUCAUCACUAACCUACUGCUGCAGAAAGAGCGGGAGGCCAUCCUGCAGAUAUCAGAUGAAGUCUUCCCCACGGUCUCCGGCUGGCUUGUGGCUUUCUGGGUGAUCUUCAUUAUCCUCCUGGCAGUGUUUCUUCCUCUUCUUUACUUGUAUCAGAAAUAUCAGAGACAACACCAUCAAAUAAGAACUCUAAUGAUGAGACCUGCCAUCAAUGAGUAUGAAGCAUUGAAUGCAAAGCUCAAUCAAGCAUGUGCAAGUGCAGAGAAAGAAAAAAGUGAGCUGUUAAAGCAGAUAGAAAAUGAAAAGCAGGCUGCUAAAUUAGAAUGCGAGAAACUUCUCCAUCUUAUAGAAUGGGACAAGAUGCUCCGAUGUGCAGUUUCAGUCACCCUGGACCCCGAGACAGCCAACGGGCACCUGGAAGUCUCGCCGGAUCGCCUGUCGGUCAAGGAUGGCGGGGGCUGGCGCAACGUGACCGAGAACCCCAAGCGCUUCGAGCGGUACCCUUUCGUCGUGGCCAGCGAAGGCUUUCGGGCGGGGGCACACUACUGGGAGGUGGAGGUGGGCGACUCCAACAACUGGGACCUGGGCGUAGCACGGGCGUUGGCACAGAGGAAGGGCCGCGUCGAGCUGUCUGAGGAGAACGGGUACUGGGUCAUGGGGCGCUACUGGGAGAAGUACAAGGUGAAGAACGUGGAGCUGACCCUCGACAGGAAGCCCGCCCGGGUAGGGGUUUUCCUCAACCUGAAGGAAGCGCUGGUCUCCUUCCACGACGCAGAGACCAAAACCCAGCUGUACGCCUUCCAGACCCACUUGGAAGAGGAGGGGGAGGAGAUCUUUCCGUUCUUCUGCCCUUGGCGGUCCCAGGAGCCGCUGAAAAUCACUCCCGUCACGCCGGAGGACUGAGCACUGAGCCGCGGCGAAGGUGGACAGUCCGAAUGGGCACGGAAAUACCUCAGCGGAGGUGCCAGUCAGAAAGCAGCACCGAACCACUUUCCAGUACUUGGCCAUGUCUGACUUAGCAUCAGGUGUGCCGGACGUCAGACGCCCGUUUCUUGCUCGCCUGCUUUUGUCUGUGAUGUUCACCCGGAGUGGACUGACACUAACAGUCUGACUCCUAACCCUACAGCCUGGUCCUGCUUGAUGUGAUUCCUGUGGGAUCAGGUGCACUGGUCACCACCGAGAACCAACCCGGCAGCUUAGACACUAACCAUAGUUUCCCCAUCUGACCUCGGUCGUGUCUCUUUGUACCCUCGCUCUUUGUGUUUUAUUUUUAAUGUAUUCUUUCUUAACUUAAACCCCUCGAGAACUGCGUGAAGAGUUGGAAAGAUUUUCCAGCAGACCGCCAACUUUUGUGAACUGUGCUCUCACGUCCUGGACGGUAACUCGAAGCCAGAGCCUUGUCUCGCUCAGAGACACGGCAGCUACUGACUGAACCACAGGAUGUGCCUCUAGGAGGCUGGUCCCAGUGCUGCCUCCCAUCCCAGAGUGGGACUUGAACCCCAAUUGCUGUCUCCCGAUGUGCCAUGGCAUAUUCUCACACAUCUGGGAUUGUGCCCAGCACCCCCUCUCUCAUGUGGAGAGAUAACAGAGGGUCUUGAAUCUAUUGCCUUAACCUCUCAGUCCUGACUACAACCAAAGUGUCCAUUUAGAACUAUUUGACUGUGGAUAAUUUAAACUCCCUGCCUGAUAUCCUGGGUGUUAAUUCGUACGAUUAAGUGUUUUUUUUUAAAUCAGUUUGUACCAGAAGCAGUGUUCCUGAUGAAGGGCGUUUGCCCGAAAUGUUGAUCCACUGCUCCUCGGAUGC